CAGGAGCCCGACUGAAGGACAAAGAAGAGGAGGAAGCAGCACGUGGGGGUCGCUCGGAUUUGUCCUUCCCAAAGCUUGGGCGGAUGGAGGAGGAGGCUGCAAGGAAGAUGCCUCGGGCCCCCCAGGAAGGUGAGGAGGAAGUCAGUGCCCCUUUGGCCCUGUCUUGUGGUGCAUCUGUUGAGCAGCCUCCCAGCAGGGAGAAGCCCUUCAGGUGCUUGGAAUGUGGGAAGAGCUUCAGGGAGAGCUCCAAGCUCAUCACUCACCAGCACAUCCACACUGGGGCACGGCCCUACAUGUGUAGGGAAUGUGGGAAGAGCUUCAGGAACAGCUCCAACCUCCACGCCCACCAGCUCAUCCACACUGGGGAACGGCCAUACAUGUGUAGGGAAUGUAGGAAGAGCUUCAGGCAGAGCUCCCACCUGAUCCAACACCAGCACAUCCACACUGGGGAACGACCCUACACGUGUAGGGAAUGUGGGAAGAGCUUCAUGCAGAGCUCCCACCUGAUCCGACACCAGCUCAUCCACACUGGGGAACGGCCCUACAAGUGUGAGAAAUGUGGGAAGAGCUUCAGUGACAGCUCCAACCUCCGCACCCAUCAGCGCAUCCACACUGGGGAACGGCCCUACAAGGGCUUGGAAUGUGGGAAGAGGUUUAGGACCAGCUCACAUCUCCUCCUGCAUGAGCAGACACACACAGGGGAGAGGCCCUUCCGCUGCACCGACUGCGGGAAGGGCUUCAACCAGAACUCCACCCCUGUCACCCACCAGUGCAUCCACACCGGGGAGAGGCCCUAAAAGUGUGGGAGUGUGGGAUGAGCUUCACUCACAGCUCUGCCUUGACCAAACACCAACGGACCCACCCUAUGAGUGCCCUGAAUGCGGGAAGAGCUUUGGCCGCUGCUCCCACCCUGAAUGACCCCCCUGAUGGUGAGGCCAGUGACUGUCAGUCCAUCCCUUUCUACCAGAAAGAGCCAGUCCCCUUUCCCAGGGGCAGGUUGUGCUAACAGAACCCUUCUUGGGGGUGUGUGGAGAUUCCUGCCUUGGCUGGGGACCCCCUAAAUUCACUACUGGAGGUUGAGAGCAGAGAUCUCCCCAGGAGCGUUGAUCUGGGCGAGUUCCAUCCAUGUCUAAUUCAUAAUUCUUGCUUUGGUGCCAGCUUGAGUAGAAUUGCUUCAACAAUUGCUUUAGGGUAGAGCGCUGUCCUAUCUUACCCUGUACUAAUGGUAGUUACUAAUGGUAGUUUUAGUAUUUCUAUUAUGUGGUAAAAAAUUCUGAUGAAGGUGUUUUGUCUGAUUGUUUGUAACCCUAAAUAAUUCAUUUCUAUCAAUAGAUCUGAUUUGCCAUCAUUAAAACUUGGGGGACAAAAGUGGUUCAGUCCCACGUCUGUAAUUUCUUUGAACUGAAAGUGUUGGCAUAACCCAAGGCUGAGAUUGGAUCCAGCAACCCCCACACCACACAGUAAGUUGGGAGCUCAGGGGGGCCACCCCUCUUCCCAACUCUUCUGUGCCCAAAGACCCCCAUGGGACCAUCAGACCCACCAGACCACCCCCCUUUUCCACCCUUAUCUCUGUUUCUCCCAAUUUUCCGUGGUCUCCUGUUACAAUCUACUUAAAUAUUGCAGAAAGAACUUCAGACUCGAAUAUUCCCUUGAGCAAAAGUAAGACACAGACAAGUUAUGUGUUGAUACCAAAAUCCUGAUUUUAUUAAUUGCUAAGAGAUGCAGAGACAAAGGAAAAAAUAAAAGAACUUAUAAAAUAGUUAUGAUUACUUCUAGAAGCAGAGAAAAGGUACCACCGUGCUACCUUUCCCCUGAGCUGGUGUGUGUGUGGGCAAGUACUAGUUUUCUGCCCUUUUUUGUCUCUGUCUGACAGAGAAUGUUUGAUAGGAAGAUUUUGAUGGGGAGAAACAAUAGAGAAACAUAAUCUUUGGCAUUCAUAAAUUAUCUGUUUGCUACAGAUGGUUUCCGUGGUAACCGAUGUAACAAUGGGAAUGCAUCAUGGUUACCAUGGUAACCCACCCUGGAGAUGAACAUGUAUAAUGCUUGCCAUGGUAACUAACCAUAACAAUGAGAUUUCAGAAUGGUUGCCAUGGUAACCAAGGUAACAAUAAGACAGCACAAUGGUUGCCAUGGUAACCGACUGUAACAAUGAGAAUGCAUAAUGGUUGCCAUGGUGUAAGGUGGUAUUUUUGAUUUAGAUGAUCAGUGGAGCAUACAGGGUUUAGAACGUGAUUAUAUUUGCAUGUGAAACCAGCCAGAAUAUUGUACAAGGCGACUUUAUUGCACAAGUUCACUGCAAGGCCCAUUGUGCCUUUAGCAAAGUUAACUGGAUAUCCCCCAUUAUCAGAGCUGAGCUCCUCCUUGGCUUGGCUCCACUCUGCAAGAGAGAUACAAAUCCCCUUGAAACACAAUGGUACAGGUCGUCUAGAGGGCUGAGGAAGGUGAUGAAGAUGAUGUGGGCAGGGGUCGUUGGCCCCUUGCCCUACAGUGGGGCACGCCCAGACUGUUGCCAUGAGGUGAUGAACGGGCGCUGUUUGGCUGCCACUCAAGCACCACCUUCUGCUGCGUCCUGGCCCUACGUAGUGUAAUGUAGAGCUGAUGGAAUGGGGUGUCAGCACUGCUGGGUGGAGCGAUGCUCAUCCUUCCAUCCACACUGUGCUGCUCCGCGGGGACACCCACCAAGCACGGGCACCGACCAGCCCUGCAGAGCCUGGUAGGCCUGGCCUGUCUGUGCAGGUGAGCACAGUUUAUUGAUAGGAAGCAACCAAGGAAGCAAACAUUUUAUAUCCUUUUUUUUUGUAUCCCUUUAAUUCCCUUUUUACUAGCUAAUGCUGUAACAGAAGCUGUUCAUAGUAUUGUAUGCAUGCCAACUGAUAAAGUAGUGUUUUUGUAUUCUUUUUCAGUUUUUGAUUCUCUUUGCUAGUAGUUUUUUCUUUUUACUCUCAUGGCAAAAAAAGAUUUUUUGUAGUGUUUGAA